AUGCACAUCGCAUGUCUUGUAAUGAAAACCUCCCUAUUUCGUGUCCAGCUUUUAGCUGUGCUCUUCUCGAUCUUCUUCAUUUCAGCGGCCUUUAUUGACUGCAAACACGAGAAUCAAAAAACAGGAAAAUCUUUCCAAGGAUCGUCUGCUGUUCAUAGAAAAACAGAAAAAACAGCCACUCUCGAUUCAUUGUAUGUUCUGUGGGAAACCGUUCAGAAGCUUUUAGUUAAUUCGGUCGGAUCCCAAGCAGAGCAAGUUAUUGAUGAGAUUCGUCGCCAUUUUAGCGCCAUCGAAAGGACUGUUGAUGUGCUUGAGGCUCUUCAAGAUCAAACGGUAAUCAACUCUAUCAACGAGUUGAUCAGUACUCUGUUCACCGGACUCCAAGAUGCUGUUGAAUCCAACAAGGCACAAUUGGAAAAGGGCUCUUUUGUAUCCAGCGAAGCAUUUGGCAAGGUUUUGUCCAUGUACGAGAAUAGGAUCAUGAAGUCUUUAAAGCAAUCAAGAAUGCUUCCCGAGCCAAUCAAAGAGCAGCUUACUAACUCCAUUCCAGACUUGUUUGAAAAUCUUUUGCAGAUAUAUUCUGAAAUUACCAAGGCCAUUGGAAUGGGAAUUCCCGGUGUUAUGUUGGUCACUUACUUGCCCAAGCUUAUUCAGUUUGGGUCUAUGGCCAGUGUGACAGUCGACACUUUUAAGCAUGUUGCAAAUAUUAAAACUGACGCCAUGAGAGCUCUUGAAGAAUUUGUCUCUGAAUAUCUAACUCCAGAUAAGAUCCAAAUGCUCUCUCUAGUGCUGACCAUGUUGGUUCAAAACAUGCCUGCAAGACACGACGAAGUCUAA